AAAUAAUAGCUUUUAAAAUAAAUCAGCCAAAUGUUUUGCACCCAAAUAUAAAUAUACUGUAUGCUAAAAUGAUCAUGGGGGAAAAUGUAAAUUUAUGCCACAGUCCUAACCCUGGAUAAAUUCAAUACAACUCUCUUCCACAGGAGUCGUCCCCAUCGUCCGCUCUGUCUCUCAUAAGUACUAUCUGAUCAAUCAGGGGAAAACAUGGAGUGAUGCUCAGGCUUACUGUCGAGCCACAUACACUGACCUGGCGAUCAUUAAAAGCAAAGACGACAUGGUACAACUUCAGAAUGAAGCCCAGAUACAACAGUUCAGUUCCAGCGCUUGGAUUGGACUGUACAAUGACGUCAACAGCUGGCGCUGGUCUUUUGGAAAUGAGCCAUUGGGAAGUAUGACAAAAUGGGAUCCAGGAGAGCCUGACAACUGGGGCGGACAUGAAGAGUGUGUUGCAACAACUUCAUCAGCUUGGUUUGACGCUCCAUGUACACUGAUGUUUCCCCUUCUCUGCUUUGAUGACAGACAAACUGGCAAUGGGAGAUACAUUUAUAAUUCUAAUACAAUGACCUGGCUUGAAGCUCAGAGUUAUUGUAGACAGCAUUAUACAGACUUGACCAGUGUGAGAAACACAACAGAACACCUAGCUAUACAGGGACUGGUCACUGGAUCGGCUUGGAUUGGUCUGUUCAGAGACGCCUGGAAGUGGGUAGACAAAACCAACUUCUCUACCAUCAGUUGGAUGUCAGGAAAACCUGAUAAUGCCCUGGAGAAUGAAAACUGUGAUUAUGUAAAUAACGGUCAGGCCGCUGAUGCACAGUGCUCAGAUGUAAUGCCUUUCUUCUGUUACUCAGAUGCAGAAAUAAUAAAAAAACAAAUCAUCAGACUGAAGAUCCAGUCCAAUCAGGAUGUUAACAAUCUGAUAUCACAGGCAGCCAUCUUAGAGCAGAUCAGACAAAAACUGAAGGAUCAUGGGAUGGCAGAGAACAUCACAGUGGAAUGGAGAAAGCAACCAAAUGGAGUAGUUUUUCACAAGGAGAAAGAAGGAGAUUAGAGCAGGAAAUAAGUGUAACCUUGAAGUCUUUAUGUUGAAGUGAUUUUCUUUAGGUUCCUGCUCGUUUUUAAAGACUGUCUUUAGCGAUUACAGGUAUA